AUGUUUUACUCUCUGUUCACUACAGAUUUGUAAUAUACUUGCUCACUUAUGGCUUAAUACUCAACCUCCAGAACUUGGGAAGUAAUACUUUUCUGCUGGUGAUUCUCUUUGGUGCCCAGAGCAUCCCAGCUAAUUGUAUAACACUUAUUGCACUGAAUCACCUGGGCCGUCGAAUAAGUCAAUUUCUUUUCAUGUUGUUUACGGGGACCUUCAUUCUGGCUACUGCAUUGGUGCCUCAAGAAAUGCAAACCCUUCGUCUGGUUCUCUCAACUCUGGGAGGAGGAUUUGGGAGUGCUUCCCUUUCCAGUUUGCUAACACAUUCAAAUGAACUACUCCCCACCGUAGUCAGGGCCACUGCUUUAGGAAUCAUUGGACUUGCUGGUAGCCUUGGGUCCUCACUGGCUCCCCUGUUGAUGAUUCUCGCAGUUUAUUCUGCUCCCUUGCCCUGGAUCAUCUAUGGUGCCUUCUCUGUUCUUGGUGGCUUUAUAGUCCUCCUCCUUCCUGAAACCAGGAACCAACCUCUGCCUGACUCCAUCCAAGAUGUGGAAAAUGAGAGGAAAGGCUCAAGACAAGCAAAGCAGGAAGAUACUGUCAUCAAAGUAACACAGUUUUAAGCAAUUCUGGUAAUUGUCCUAGAUCUACUGAAAGAGCAAGAAAAAGGAAAAACAAAAUCAGUAUUCUUCCCACGUACUAGUAAAUGUUUUUUUUUAAUGAAUUGACAUAUUAGAAAACAUGGAUCACAUUUAAAUGUUUGACACUGUAUUAGAAAACAUGGAUCACAUUUAAAUGUUUGACACGGAACUACUGUCUAUAUAAUAGGUAGUUUAAUCAGAAUCAGACAGUUGAAGGAAACUGGAAUGUCUUGAAAGGAAUCCUGAUAGGAAAUACUUUUGUAGCUAUGUAUUGCUUUUCCAGGUGAGGUGCUGUUAAUUCAGCUUUGUGUGGCUGUGACAAAACACCUGAGAAAGCUCACUGAAAAGGGGCAAAGUGUUAUUCAGGCUUUCAGUCCAUAGACCCUUGACUAUUCAGGCCCUGUGCAGACAUCUCCCCCCUCCUGCAUAAUCCUCUGCCCAGUGUCUGUGUUACCUAGGUAACUGGAAUACUUGGUAGCAGUCACCUCCCCUCCUCUGAGGUCACAUCCUGGGCUGUCCAGGUCCUGCCUCCCAGCAGAAUGUGGGUGGGUUCCAGGCUCUG